AUGACCACUUACCAAUCGAUCGAAGAAGGGCUACCUCGUAAUCGUCCUAAUGGCUCUGAAAAUGAUGACGAUAAAAUUGGUUUGCUAAGCCAUAUUAAACGUCGUAAACAAUUUUUAAGUGUAGUAAAAGUUGUUAUUGGAGUAGCUUGCAUAUUUGCUAUUUUGUGGUUCUCUUUGAUUUUUUUCAAUCCAUCUGAUGAAAUUGAAAAUGACUUUGAAUGGGCUGAUCCAAAUCUAAUUAUUGCAAAAACCGGUGCUGUCGCAUCCGAAGUUGCUAAUUGCUCUCAAUUUGGUGUUGAUGUUUUAAAGGAGGGCGGAAAUGCUGUUGAUGCCGCAAUCACCACUCACAUAUGUGUCGGUACUGUUAAUGCAUUUGCUGCUGUGCAGAGUGACCGAUAUUCUCUUUUGUCAUCACGUGAUAAUUAUAAUAGAGGUGGUUUCAUGUUAGUAAGAUUACCCAACGGAUUCGCUGAGGUUAUAGAUUUUCGUGAAGUCGCUCCUCGUGCUGCUUAUCAAGAUAUGUUUAAACAAGAACCACUAAAGGCAAAGGUUGGACCCCUUUCUAUUGCCGUACCUGGUGAACUUCGCGGAUUGAAAUUGGCUCAUGAACGACACGGUAAACUUCCUUGGAAACGUCUUCUUGAACCUUCAAUUAGAAUUGCCCGAGAAGGUUUUCCUAUUCCACUUGAAUUAUAUGUUACUAUGAAGAUGUAUUUAUACAAAAUUGAACACAACAAAGAAUUAUGCGACAUCUUUUGUGAUGAGAAUGGAAAACUAAAGAAAUUAGGUGAUAUUAUGUAUCGAACUAAUUAUUCUAAAUCAUUGGAAAAAGUUGCAGAAGAUGUCAAUGAAUUUUAUGAGGGUUCAAUCGCAGAAUCAAUUGUCAAUACAAUCCAAAGUAGAGGUGGUAUAAUAACUAGAGAAGAUUUGUCUGCCUAUAAACCUACUAUUCGCGAACCUCUUAUAGGACAUUAUCAAGGACGAAAGAUCAUAACAUCUCCUGAACCUGGUAGUGGAACAAUUUUAUUAUUCUUAUUAAAUGUUUUGGAAGAAUAUAAAUUCCACGAAACAGGUCGUACAGCUUUAAAUGUUCAAAGAAUGGCUGAAGCAUUCAAAUAUGCCAUUGCUAGACGUACCGAAUUGGGUGAUCCAGCAUUUUUCAAAAAUAUUACAGCUCACAAAGAACGUAUAAAUGAAAUAAUUUCCAAAGAAUAUGCUGCAAGGAUUCGUGCCAAUCUUUCUGAUACACAUACAUUUGUACCAAGUCAUUAUGACCCCGAGUAUGCUACACUCGAAGAUCAUGGUACAACUCAUAUUUCAGUCGUAGAUUCUGAUGAAAUGGCUGUCAGCAUGACUGCUACACUUAAUCAUUUCUGGGGAUCACAAGUUAUGGAUCCAAAUACUGGAAUCUUAUUUAAUGAUCAAAUGGAUGAUUUCGCAAUUCCUGUACCACCAUCAAUCGAAAGAUUCUGGCCUGCUCCUCAUAAUUUUGUUGCACCAGGUAAAAAACCAAUGUCAUCAACAUCACCUACAAUUAUCGAAAGACCCGAUGGAAGAUUUGAAAUGGCCGUUGGUGCUAGUGGUGGUACCAGAAUUAUGUCAGCUGUUACGCAGACGUUAUUAAAUAUUUAUGAAUUUAAUAUGAACGUUCUGGAAGCUAUUGACUAUCCAAGGUUAUACCACCCACUAUUACCAAAUGAGUUAUUUGUUGAAUCAGGAUUUUCAUUCGAUAUAUUAGAACGUCUUAUUAAAAUUGGUCAUGUUCUGCAAGUGAUUUCCGAAAGAAUGGAAUAG